AUGCCAAAGAGAAAGACCUUGACUGGCAGGGGAAAACGCCAGAGAGAUAAAGACCGCAAGAGGGAAAAGAGGCAGGAGCAGUCCUUGCCAUCAUCAGAUACUCCUCCAGAUUCUGCUGUCCCAGCUGGAGCAGUAGAUGGAGCUAUCUCAGCUCCACCCGGUAAUUUUCCGGGGCAAGGCUCUGUAGGGUUGCCGCCUUUUGAGGAAAAACCCUUGGCCAGGUUGCAGGCCUCUCUUCGCGAGAAAAUGCAACCAACUGCCCUGAGUAACGCAUCUUCUCAGGGAAGUCGUCUGUGUGCCCGAAACGGAGGCAUGGCACCGUCCCCUGACUCCCCACCGUGGGUUUGUACUCCAGCGAGGGUACCUGAGCCGGACACCGUGCACGUGUCUGACUCAGCAGGUCAGGCGCAGCUGGAUAUGUCAUCCUCCAAGGGGGAUGAGUCCAGCAGGAUAUUGAUUGAUGCAAACCAGAUUAAAAGAACGAGAUCUAAAAAGGAUACUAAAAGGAAUUUAUAUGAUGAAAAUGAGAAUAUAGAUAGUGUAUAUGAGAGAAAUAAAUCAGAGUGCAGAAUUGGAAGACUGUGUACUGGUGAACUUGGUGGUGACUAUGCUUGUGUAAAUAAAGAUGAACCAGUAACAUUGGACAAGGUAUCUAUUCAAGGGUCUUUUCAUCAAGGUGACUUAAUGUUUGGUGAAAAUGCAGGAACACAAUGUGUUGCGAACUCGUUAGCAGCAUUAGCAUACCAUAAAGUAAAGAAUUCUAAUCAGUGGCAAACUUCAGAUAUGAAUAAAGUGUUAGCAACAGGAGAUGAGCUUUAUACAUACCUACAGCGUAGUUCAACCAUUGUCAGUAGGUAUCUUUUUGUGAACGAGUUGCCUCAAUUUUUUGAGUGUUUUAAUACAAUGUUUGAGUUCAAAGCAUGCGAAUCUCUAUGCAGCCUAAUAAAUUUGUCAAAUGUAGAACCAAACUAUGAUGAAUUUAAUGCAUAUUCACUGACAGAUGCAUUGCAAAUUGGUCUUGGAGAAACAAGUGGGUGUUUUGUAUGCUUCAAGGGAAAUACUUUUUUGGUUGGAAAAACAGAGGAUGGCUUCUUUACAUUUGAUCCACAUUCAAGAUCACAAUCGGGGUGUAUGAGUGUAACUGGAAGGAGUACAAGGAUACUGUAUCAAUCAGUUGAUGAUAUUUACAAUCACAUAUUGUCCUUGGCAAUGUCAAUGGGAAUUUCUGGAAUUACUGAAUGUGAAAUAACAGGUGUUGAUUGUUCAGUUAGCCAGUUUGCAACAACUGAUAAACAUGUAAUUGAAAUCGAGCCAGGAAAAUGUAAUCAGCAAAAUAAAGACUUGAAUUUAGCAUUUCAAGAAAACAUAGACCUUUUGACUGCAAAUGUUCAGUCAGAUGCUAAUGGUUUUCAAUCAGUUGCCAAUGAUGAUGUUGAACUCAUUUGCAGUGAAAGUCAUAGUAUAAGUUUUCUGCCACUUUCUAACACUGUGAAAUUACAGCUUUGUCAGACUCUGGGAAUACCACAGUCAGGUACAAAUAGUAAUGUUGAACAGGAUUGCUUUGUGCGAGAAGCAGGUGCACCCAGUGAAUAUGUUGAAAUUGAAGGGGAUGGAAAUUGUUUUUUCAGGGCCAUUUCAUUUUGUUUGAUUGGAGUAGAGGAUUAUCAUUAUGCAAUACGAUCAGCAGUGUGUGAACAUCUACUAAAAAAUAGAACACUGUUUGAAACUUUUGUAAGAUCUACAGAAAGUUCUGUUGAAAAUCACUUGAAUUUAACAGGUAUGUCAAACGAUGGUACAUGGGCAACUGAAAUGGAAAUUCUUGCUCUCUCUCACCUCUUGAGCACUGAUAUACAUACAUAUACAGAAAAUCACUGGGUUACAUUCUCAGGAAAACAGGUAGAACCUAUGAAUGUUCAAAGCACAGGGUCAUUUUAUUUAGUUCAUCAGGAUCAGAAUCAUUAUAAUGUAGUGAUGUCAGUUACUGAGAGAGAAACGAUUAGUUCCAAGGAAAAUAAUGCUCUGUAUGUUGGCAAGAAAGGCUACAGAGAAAGACGUAGAAAUCGAAAUCGUAUGAGGGAAAUGCGUAUCUUUUCAUCGGCCAAAAAAUUAAGUACAGAUCAUGAAAAGAAACUAAAGAAUGGAAAUUACACAGAAAGGAAAUUAAGAGCAGCAAAACUGAAGUACAAGACUGACCUUCAAUUUAGAUUAAAGGCAAUCGCAAAUGGUAAGGAAAGAUAUAAAAGUGAUGGAAUUUUCAAAGCAAAGGCAAAACAGAGGAGCUUGGAAGCUUGUAAAAGGAAAUACACAACAGAUGGUAUCCAUAAACAAUACAAGAAAAGAAGAAGUAUUGAGAAAUAUAGGUCAGAUAUAGUACAUAGAGAGGGUGUUAAACAAAGAAGUAUGGAUAAGUACAAGAAUGAUAAAGAAUACAGAAAGGAUGUUAAACAAAGAAGUAAAGAAAAGUACAGGAAUGAUGAAUUGCACAGAAUGGAUGUAAAACAGAGAAGUAAAGAAAAGUACAGGAAUAAUGAAUUGCACAGAAAGGAUGUAAAACAAAGAAGUACAGAAAAGUACAGGUAUGAUGAAGUACACAAAAAGGAUGUAAAACAAAGAAGUACAGAAAAGUACAGGUAUGAUGAAGUACACAAAAAGGAUGUGAAACAAAGAAGUACAGAAAAAUACAGGAAUGAUGAAGAACACAGAGAGGAUUUAAAACAAAGAAGUGCAGAAAAGUACAGGAAUGAUGAAGUACACAGAAAGAAUUACCAAGAAAAGAGUAUAGAGAAGUACAAAAAUAAUGAAGCACACAGACUGAAUGUUAAACAAAGAAGUAUUAAAAAGUACAAGAAUGAUGAAGAACACAGAGUGGCUAUUAAACAAAGAAGUAUAGAGCAGUACAAGAAUGAUGAAGAACAUAGACAGAAGGUUAAGGCUGUUAAUAAAGUAAAGUAUCAUUUUAGUGCUGCUGAGAAAAAGAAGAAGAAGGAGAAUGUCCUGAAUCAGAGACGAGCACUAAAAGUAAAGUUGGAAGAUGAAGAAGAAGUUUUGAUAUUGUUUAAGGAAAGUGUGAGAGAUGGGCCAGACUACACAUGUUGCUGUUGUAAUCGUUUACUGUUUGAACAUCAAGUCCAACGAUGCACACUUGAAAUGUAUGAGAAAAGACAUGAAGCUUAUAAAAUUGCACAGAUUUGUGUACAGAAAAAAUGCUCCCAUGAUUGUACAUUGUCGUGUUCAGUGCAUUGCCCCCAGUCAUCAUUGUGGAUAUGCUUUACUUGUCAUAGGAAAAUAUUGAGUGGGAAUAUUCCAGCAGAGGCAGCUGUUAAUAAAAUGUCAUUAGAGGAAAUUCCAUGCGAGCUUAGCAGUUUAAACAGUUUGGAGCAGCAUUUAAUUGCUUUGCAUAUUCCCUUUAUGAAAGUGAUGGCUCUUCCACAAGGUGGUCAAAGGAAUGUACAUGGGCCUGUUGUUUGUGUGCCAUCAAAUAUGGAAAAGGCAACAGCUUUACCAAGAAAUGGGGAUGACAAUUUAUUGUUAAGAGUUAAGCUAAAACGAAAGCUUGCGUACAAGGGCUAUUACGAAUACCAAUUUGUUAAUCCAACUCAUGUUAACAUGGCUCUUGAUUAUUUAAGGAAAGAAAACAAAUGGUAUAAAGACGUAGUGAUCAAUACCUUGUGGGAAGGAAAUAGUGACCAAAAUGAUUUGCUAUUUAAUGAGACUAGUGAAUUUGUAGAUGAAGAAGUGAAAGAAGAUGAGAGAGAUGAAAACCCAGUUGCUACUGACACAUGUUUACAGCCAGUAGAUGUGGCACAAGAAGUUCUUGAUCAUUACUUUGAUGAUGUUUACAAUAUAGCACCAGGCGAAGGGAAAAAUCCAGUCCGAAUGUUGCAAGAAGAAGGAAACGAAGCAAAAUCAUUUCCACAUUUAUUUCCAAGUGGCAACUUUUCUUGGAAUGAAGAUCGAGAUGUGAAAAUAACCCUAUCAAGAUAUUUUAACAACAGACUUAUGAAUGCUGAUAACAGAUUUGCUAAGGACACAAAUUACAUCUUCUUCUCUCAAUACAUGUCAGAAUUGAACCAAGUAAUAGAGAAAACACAAAUUUCAAUUCGAAAGUCUUUUUCAAAGCUUGAUAGUGGAAAUGCAGUAACAUCUGAAAUGUUACAGAAUCCUGAUGUUCUCUCAAGACUCUUGAGGAAUGAUGAGGCUUUACGAUUUAUGCAACCCAUUCGAGGAACACCUGCAUAUUGGUCAGCUUCUCAGAAAGAUCUGUUCGCUAUGCUUCGACAGUUAGGUAUCCCAACAUGGUUUUGUUCAUUUUCUGCAGCUGAAUAUAGAUGGAACGAAAUAAUUGCAUCAAUUUUAUUUCAAGAAAAUGAUUCUAGAUCUCCUUCUGAUUUAGACUGGUCAGAAAAGAGUGAGAUUUUGAGAAGCAAUCCAGUUACUGUUGCCAGAAUGUUUGAACAUAGAUUUCAUAUGUUUCAAAGACAUGUAAUAUUGUCACCUUCAAAACCUAUAGGAAAUGUUAUUGAUUUUUUUGUGAGAGUAGAAUUUCAACAAAGGGGCUCUCCACACAUGCACUGCUUGUACUGGAUUGAGAAUGCACCAAAAUUUGAGGAAGAUGGUGAUGAAACUGUUUGUGAUUUUAUUGAUAAAUAUAUCACAUGCGCUUUACCUGCUGAAAAUGAUGACCAAGAGCUGCGAAAAAUUGUUUUAGAUGUUCAACAACAUAGUAAGAACCAUUCAAAAUCCUGUAGGAAAAAGGGAACAGACUGUAGAUUCCACUUUCCAAGACCACCAUCAGAAAGAACAUUUAUUACGAGACAAUGUGAGGAAAAUGAGGAAGACUCGGAGAAAUUCAAUGGAUUGAGUAAAUCUCAGGCUAAAGAUAUUUUGCUGCAUGUUUGGAAUGAAGUUCUUGAUGAUGUGAAUGAAGGCAAAACUGCAGAGGAAAUAUUCACUAAGAUACACUUAUCACAGGAUACUUAUGAAAUGGCCCAUAGGGUAUUAUCUGCAAAAACAAGUACUAUCUUGAAACGAAAUCCAGAUGAAAUGUGGACAAACCAAUACAACACAUGCCUUCUCAGAUGUUGGGAUGCGAAUAUGGACAUACAGUAUAUCCUAGACCCAUUUAGCUGUAUUGUUUACAUAAUUUCAUACAUAUCAAAGUCAGAACGCGAAAUGGGAAUGCUGUUAAAACAAACUCAAGUAGAAUCUGUAGAGGGAAAUUUAAGUGCUCGUCAAACAAUAAGAAGAAUUGGAUCAGCUUAUCUUAAUCAUAGAGAAGUGAGUGCCCAAGAAGCAGUGUACAGAGUUUGUAAUCUAAAAAUGAAAGAAGGAUCAAGAAAAGUGGUGUUUGUUCCAGUUGGUGAAAAUCCGACUCGAUUGAGUAAACCUCUUUCACAAAUGAAAAGAACAUGUAAGAACGAAGAUGAUUUGGAAGAUGAUGACGACAGUAUUUGGAUGACAAAUAUAGUGGAGAGAUAUGAAAAUCGUCCUGAUCUACAUCCUUUUCCUGAAAUGUGCCUUGCAGAAUUUUGCUCAGAGUAUCGUGUUUUGGCGAAAUCUCAAAUUCCAAAGGGAGUAAAAGAAGGUGUUUAUGAAUUGAAAAAUGGAAAUGGCUACAUUCAGAGAAGAACAAGAGCUAAGCCAGCCAUAGUAAGAUAUCCAAGGUUCAAUCCUGAAAAUGCAUCAGAAAAGUAUUAUCAGUCAAUACUACAGCUUUUUCUUCCAUAUUGGACCCAAGAUCAAUUGAAACCACCUGGAUUCAAUUAUCAGGCAUUUUACGAAAACGGGUUUGUCAGAAUAAGAACUGGAAACAAAUUACAGUCAGUCAGGAUUGUGGUUGAAAAUAAUCGUUGUAAUUUCUCAAAGAAUGAGGCUGCCCUUGAAAAUGCUCAGGAAACUCUAGAAGUUUAUGGUGAACCUGAAGAUGCUUGGGCUAACCUUUGUCCAGAAACUGAAAGAAAUCGAGAUGAAUGUCUAAAGGAAAAGAGAAAAACAGAACAAUCAGAAAACAAAGAACAAGAAAUCACCCAUGAAAUUGAACAUGAUGGCGCUUCAGAUUUGAUAUACCAUAUUAGGGAAAGUUCAAACUCAAGGGAAGAAAUUUUGCCUUUACUGCGAAGUUUAAAUGAUAAACAAAAACAGGUUUUCUACAUUGUUCGUGCAUGGUGCUUGAAAAAAGUGGCUGAUAGGAAAGUAGACCCAUUACAUAUCUUUGUUACUGGAGGUGCCGGAACAGGGAAAAGUCACUUGAUAAAAACCAUACAGUAUGAGGCCUCUCGAAUUUUUGAGAAAAUUGUUUUAUCUCCUUCAGAUUUAUCUGUUCUUCUCACAGCUUUUACUGGAACUGCUGCUUUCAAUAUUGGGGGCAAUACAAUUCAUCACGUAUUUUCUUUAACCAAAGCUCUACCCAUUCCAUACGAACCCCUGAAAGAACAGAGUUUGAGUGCAAUGAGAGCAAAGUUAGCUUCUCUGCAGAUUUUGGUCAUCGAUGAAGUCUCAAUGGUUUACAAACGACUUUUGUAUUACAUUCAUGAACGACUGGUACAAAUCAAGAAAUGCAAGGAACCUUUUGGUGGUAUUUCUGUUAUAGCAGUUGGAGAUUUUUACCAACUACCUCCUGUGAAACAACGAAAGUUGGAAAUACUCUACAAAGAAAAUGAUGAAUAUCCCAUAGACUACUGGUUAGACUUCUUCAAAAUUGUUGAGUUAGAAGAAAUAAUGAGACAACGUGAUGAUGCUGCAUUUGCUACAGUUUUGAAUUCACUACGGGUUCGAACGAUUGAAGAACCAGUAUCAGAAAAUGCGAAAACAAUGUUAAAAGACUGCAUCAGAGAUGGACCAGAUGAAGUACUGCAUGUGUAUCCUACAAAUGAAGAAGCGAAUGAGUAUAAUCUCAAGAUGUUGCAAGCAAGUUGUGAAGAACUGAUAGAGAUAUCUGCAGAAGAUUAUCAAAAAGACAACACUACAGGAAAGCUGACUUUACGUGAAAAACCCUUCAUACGGACAAGAACAGAUGGGCUCUCUGCUUCUUUGCUGUUUUCUGUGAAUGCUAGAGUGAUGCUGACAAGAAAUAUUAAUGUUGAAGACGGACUGGUGAAUGGUGCGAUGGGACAUAUUUCAGGAUUUGAUUUUGGACAAGCUCAGCAAAGAAAUAGGGUAGAAGGGAUUAGAAUUUUGUUUGAUAGUGAAGAUAUUGGAAAGCUGCAAGGGAAAAAGACGCAACAUGGAAAUGAAGUAUUGAUUCAAAGAAUACAAGAAGACAUCAAGGAGAAAAAUACAAAGAAUGUUGUACGAUAUCAGUUUCCCUUGAAACUCGCAUGGGCAUGCACAGCACAUAAAGUUCAAGGCAUGACAACAAACAGCGUUGUAGUAAAUUUAGAUCGUACUUUCGCUCCAGGACAGGCAUAUGUUGCUAUUAGCCGUGUCACUUCACAAAAUGGUUUAUUCAUAGAAACAAAGGAUGAAAAUGCAUUACUGAGAAAAAUUUACGCUAAUCCAGAUAUAAAGUCAGCACUUUGUAAGAUGGAGAAAUUAAUCCCAGAGCAAGAUUAUCCAAACUACUAUGAUGAGCGAACCUUCAAAACAGUUGUUUUACUUAAUGUGCAGAGCUUAAGAGCACAUUUUCUUGACCUGAAAAGUGAUGCAAGAUUCCUCCAAGCAGACCUUAUAUGUCUCAAUGAAACAUGGCUGACAGACAAUGAUAGAAUAAAAAAUUUUGAAUUUGAUGACUUUCAAUUCAAUCAUAUUACAAGGAAGCAGUCAUAUGAUGAAAGUGUAGACAGUUUUGCUAAACUUCGCAAGUCCAAAGGAGGAGGGGUAGGUGUGUAUAUGAAGGGAAACGAAAAAGCUUUAGUUCAUGUUUUACCUCAGAAAAAUAUAGAAGGAAUGGCUGUAGAACUUUGUGAGGAGGACACGGUUAUCAUCAUAGUAUAUCGACCAAAUUCUCUCAAUGUCGGUUGCUUCCUUGACUCCCUUCAGAGAGUUGUAGAUUUCUAUAGAGAAUCGUUUUCUCAAUGCCUUAUACUUGGCGAUUUCAACGAAGAUGCACAAUCCAAAGGACCAAUUCAAAGAAUGUUAGAAACGAGUGGAUUUCAACAAAAAGUGAAUUUUUCAACAACAGACAGCAAUUCAGUGUUAGAUCAUGUUUACAUUACAGAACACAUGGAAGCAAGAUUAGAGGCCAUGCCAGUAUAUUACAGCUAUCAUGAUGCUGUUAAAGUUUAUUUAAAAACAAGAUAG